UUGUGGGACGUGUAGUUCCGCUUGUAGGCCGCUGGUCUGGAUAACAACAGACGAAGGAACCGAACACAACACAAAUUAGGGAAACCUCUUAAGGAUUGCGGCAAUACCUGUGGGUCUUCUACACAAUCAUGCCCGGCUUUACUUGUUGCGUGCCUGGAUGCUACAACAACACACACCGGGACCGCGAGCUGCGAUUCUACACCUUUCCCAAGGACCCUUCUCAGCGCGGGAUAUGGCUAAAGAACAUUUCACGGGCCGGAGUAAGCGGCUGCUUCAGCACUUUCCAGCCCACCAUCGGGCACCGCGUAUGCAGUGUACACUUCCCAGGGGGCAGGAAAACCUACACCAUCCGCGUCCCGACCAUUUUCCCUCUGCGUGGAGUGAACGAGAGAAAGAGUAGACGGAGCAGAACCAGGAAGGUGUCCGCUGUUGUGCCCAGCAUUACCAGCGAGGCAGCACCAGUGGAAGAUCAGGGGGACACCGAAAACACGACCGUGAUGCAGAUAGGUCAAAAUGGCGAGUACCUGGCACCCCUGGAUCUCACACACUCCUGCCUCACGGCGGUCGUGUCUGGUGAGGGUGGAGAUCUGCCCGCGGGCAGCGCGAUCUCCAUGGCCGAUCUCGCGCUGUGUGGAGCGGAUCACUCUUACUCGCUUACCAAAGGCACGACGUCGGGAGAACUUUUGCGCAAACUGAACGAGCAGCGGGAUAUAAUUGCGCUGAUGGAGAUCAAAAUGAAAGAGAUGAAGAACACCAUCCGACAGCUACGCGUCUCCGAAGCGCAUCUGCAAGAUGAGCUGCGGGAAAGGGAUCGCCUGAUCUCCACCGGACCCGUCAUUAGUUAGAAAAUCUGAUGGAAAACGCGAAAAGGAUGGACUAAAAACGCACAGUCUGUGUGGAAGAUCACCACGGCGACGACAAUUGUGUUUCUUAGUUCUCAUUUAAACUCUCUCGUCUUUCUCCAGGACAGAGAUGGCUAGAUGUGUUUGUAACAAUAUGUUUGGGCGCGGGCUGUCCGAUACAGCACAACAUGGGACUGAGAAGUCGUCAGUGGACUGUAACGAUAUACAUUUGUGUUGAUUUCUGAGAUGAAGGGACUUUUCUCCUCGCUGCAGCAGUUUUGCCCAAGAUCUGUCCACUGCCACAUGUCAUGAUGUUAAACGCACUCAGAGACUUCUUCAUACAAGUGUGGGAACAACCGCGAAUCAUUUGUUUUUUCUUUCUUUGUUUUUAAUAUCCGAGAGCUUCAGGUCCAAGUGAACUGAUUGCUUACACGCAGGUGACUGCAGACAGUAAAGAUGAAGUAAACCGCUUUUGAACAUUUUAAAAAGAGCCGCAUAAUGUCAUGACAUUUAUAAUCUGAAAAAGUUCUGAAUCUCUGCUUUGGAAGAUUAUCACACGGGUCAUUUAUAGAUAAUAAAGGAUAAUAAUAAACAAAAAUGAUCUCAUCAUUUACUCACCCUCAUGCCAUCUACGCCAAGUAUGACUUUUUUCUGCAGAACAAUUUUAUUUUUUUAGAUGAAUAUCUCGACUCUGUAAGUCCAUAUACAGUGCAAGUAAACGGUGACAAAAAAUGUGAA